AUGGCGCUUCCCGCCCUAACUACCGUACUCUGCCUCUUUUCCCCUCUGUUGUUGACUGCGAUAGCAAGCGCGAGGGAAAAGCGACCGAACCUCACCAUGGGUGCUCCAGGACCAGUCACCGCCCACAGCGGCGGGCGACGUCUGGUACACAGCCACGCCAAAGAAUGCGACAUCCCCGGCACCGUCGACCUCUCCGUCCGCGAAGGGGACGACACAGCCUAUGGACAAGCGCUGUACCCAGUCCCGGCCGAGGACCCCAAUGAUCCCCUCCAGUGGUCGCCCAUCCGCAAAACCCUCAUCCUUGUCGUCUGUUCUCUCUACUCAUUUCUGAGCAACUCGGCCCUGCUGGGUCCGUCGGUGUACAUUGGCAUUUUCGCCGCCGAGUUCAACACAUCCUUCACCGACGCCAGCAAUCUCAUCAGCUAUGCCAACCUGGCGUUCGGGUUUGGCAGCUUGCUCCUCGUGCCGAGCUACCACAAGUUCGGCAGGAGGCCGGUGAUGCUGGGCAGUCUGAUUCUCUACUGCGGAGGCCUGCUUGCUUGUUCUCAAGUCCAAACCUACUCAGGCUUGAUGGCUGCCAGAGUGGUGCACUGCUUUGGCGCGAGUGUCUGCGAGGCGUUGCCUGUGCAGCUGGUGAAUGACAUCUUCUUCCUGCACGAGAGAGGGAAGAGGUUGGGUUAUUACACCGUUUGCCUUUGCUUCGGAGCCACAGGGCCCCUUUUUGCCGGAUACAUGCUCAACGGCGGACACUCGUGGAGGUUGUUCUUCUGGGUCGAGUUUGCAUUCGGCGCGGCUCUCUUUAUCCUGGCCUUUCUCGUGGUAGAGGAGACUCUGUACCACAGAAAGCCUCCGGUCGGCUCCUCGUCCCCGGAAAGGCAGAGCUUGGAGAGCGGGGAAGAAAAGCCCACCGCGGUAGAAAGCACCACGCCAGAGACCGGAGCAGCCAUUCCCCCCAGAAAGACGUUUGUCCAAAGCCUCAAGUUCUGGGGUGUCUACGAGAAAGACGCCGACUUCUUGCUGAUGAUCGCUCGGUCCUUCACCUACUUUCUAGUCCCGCACGUUCUGUGGGUCAUCACCACAUAUGGCAUCUACAUUGGCCUGGGCGCCCUCACCUUCAACUACAUCUUCCCCCUCAAGAUCACGGCACCGCCCUACAACUGGUCCCAGCUCGACUCGGGCCUCAUCGCCGUGGCGUCGUUCCUGGGCUACCUCCUGGCCAUCCCGUUCACGCCGUCGUCGGACCGGCUCGCGGCCCGCCUCACGCGCAAAAACAAGGGCAUCCGCGAGGCCGAGAUGCGUCUGGGUGUCAUGCUCCCCGUCAUGCUCCUGGCCCCUGCCGGACUCAUAGUCUUUGGCUUCGCAGCCGAGAGGGACCUCCACUGGGUGGCCUACUUUGCCGGCGUCGUCAUGUGCAACUUUUGCAGCUACUUCUACUUCACCUUCACGCUGGCCUACGCCAUUGACAGCUACACGAGCAACAUUAGCGAGAUGCUCAUCGCCAUGAACUUGGGCAAGCAGGCCAUCAGCUUCGGCAUGGGGCUGGACCUGCUGGACUGGGUGACGCGGCACGGGUACGCCGUCAUGAUUGCCGGGGUGUUUGGGGCCAUUCUGUUGGCGAACAACCUGGCGCUACUGGUGUUUAUGCUGUACGGCAAAAGAAUCCGGGCGUUUAUGAGCACGACCUGGCUGGCGAGGGUGCACAGGGAGAGUGUGAGGGAGGUUGCGACCCAUUGAGGGGGAUGUUUGAAGUCAUGAGCAAGAGCCAAACGCCAGACAGUACCCCCAAAGGAGAAAAUAUUCUCCUGAAUUUCCUUGCCAUAUCCAGCCGCCCAUCCAUUUAGAUAAAGUCGAGUAUCACAACCCCUGAACCCCUUUAACCUUUUUCCAAACUCCUUCAUCAAAAGGAAUAAGAAAAUAAGAAAAAGAGACAACAAGCUCCGAACUUUCUUGACAUCCUUCAUUGCCGCCGCCGUCCAGACGUCCAUGCAACCCACACCUAACACCCCCUCUCAUAUACUCAAACAAAGUACCUCGCCCUACGCCCCGUCAUGUACCGCUCCCUCGCCCCCGGACCCCUCAGCGGAUCCCCCACCUGCGACCCCCACUCACCAUCUAACAUGAACGCGUCAGUCAAGAUCGCUUUUAUUUGUCGCGAAAAAAGGAAAAAAAAAAAAAAGAAAAAGAAGAAAAUCAA